AUGGCCAAGUAUCUUCAAUAUUUCAGGGAAACGUUCCCUCCUGCACCCGAAUGGAGUGUCGACGAUAUCCCCGACCUCACGGGCAAGGUCAUGGCAGUCACCGGCGCGAAUACGGGCAUAGGAAAAGAAACGGCGAAGGCGGGUGCCCUCCUCCACCACAACGCGACGGUCUACAUGUUCUGCCGCAGCCGAGCGCGCGCAGAAGCUGCCAUCGCCGACUUGAAGACGCAAACCGGGCGAGAAGCACGCUUCGUAGAGUGCGACCUUGGUGACCUGCGGAGCGUGAAGAGGGCUACAGAGGACUUUUUGAGCAAGGAAUCGCAGCUGCACGUCCUGUUUAACAAUGGCGGCGUCAUGCUCACUCCCGUCGAGAAGCUCACCGCUCAAGGUUACGACAUGCAAUUUGGGACGAAUGUCCUGGGCCAUUUCUACCUCACCAAACUACUCCUCCCCAUCAUGCAAUCAACUGCCGCCGCAAUUGGUAUUCCCGCCCGCGUUAUUGUCACCUCUUCCCUCAUGCACUGGUUUGCGGACAAGAUCGACUACGGCCUGCUCAUAGGCGAGAACGAGAAGAAGCGCAAGUGCGCGGGGACGACGUACUUGUACUCCCUUAGCAAGCUUGGAAACGUCCUCUACGCCAAAGAGCUCGCCCGCCGCUUCGGCGACAAGGGCAUCGUAUGCAUUUCACUGCACCCGGGCCAACUCAAGACGGAGCUCAUGAGGGAGACGAGCGCCUUCAUGCAGGCUACAAGGAACAUCAUCUUCCCCGUACACGAGGCCGACAUGGGCGCGUUGACCCAGUUGCGCGCCGGUACCGAUCCAGCAGCGGCGGAAUGGAAUGGAAAGUACAUGACCUGCUGGGCGCGCCUAUAUCCAAACAGCCCGUCGGCAGACAACGAAGCGGAGGCCAAAGGACUAUGGGAGUGGUUGGAAGACCAAGUCAAGGACAUUUGACUCGGAAGUUUAGGAGUGCAGAUGGUGCUGUAGUCCGACAUUGACGUUAGGGCGUCCUGGGGACGUCGGAAACAAGCGUUUAGACAUCAAAGAAUCCCCGAAGGGCAAUAAGUGGCGCAUCAAUGCACACGUCGAUAAUUCCUACACCACGUUGUUCGUUUUAACUCUAACCUUCGCGGGCCAGCAGGCUCUAGCGAU